CUUUUUUUUUUUUUUGGUGUGUGUGUGUCUCCGCCUCAGUGUGGUGCGAGGCAGGCGAAGGAAGAGGAAGGAAGGAGGGAAGGUAGGCCGCGCGCGCCCGUCCAUGGCGGCGCGGAGGUAGGCCCCGUCCGCGCCAUGGAGGACAAGGCGGGCAAGGAGGAGGCCGAGGCGGAGAUCCAGGAGCUGCACGGGCCCGAGCACUGGUUUAGCAAGUGGGAGCGGCAGUGCCUGGCCGAGGCCGAGCGCGACGACGAGGGCGCCCUCCCGCCGGGCCUGCAGGGCGACGAGGACGACGAGGAGGAGGAGGACGACGAGGCCGCCGCCACCGCCGCCGCCGCCGCCCCGCAGGCCGAACACCGCAAGCAGCAGAAGCUCUGGCACCUCUUCCAGAACUCCGCCACCGCCGUGGCCCAGCUCUACAAGGACCGUGUUUGCCAGCAGCCAGGCCUCUCGCUUUGGGUUCCUUUCCAAAAUGCGGCCACCGCUGUCACCAACCUCUACAAAGAAAGCGUGGAUGCCCACCAGCGGAGUUUUGAUGUGGGAAUACACAUUGGCUACCAGCGUCGCAACAAAGAUGUCUUGGCGUGGGUCAAGAAGCGCAGAAGAACGAUCCGCCGAGAAGACUUAAUCAGCUUCCUGUGCGGGAAGGCUCCUCCUCCACGGAACUCUAGAGCUCCCCCAAGACUGACUGUAGUAUCCCCUAGCCGGGCGGCUUCCACAGAAACAAGCCCCUCGGUCGAGACGGACUUGCAGCCCUUCCGAGAAGCCAUAGCCCUCCAUGGUAAUGUUGCUGGUCUCAGUGGUGCGAUGGCGAGCAUCAGCGUGCGCUCCAGCACCCCAGGCUCUCCCACUCACGUGAGCAGUGGCUCCAAUGGGAGCAGGAGGAGAAACGGACUCCAUGACGUUGACUUGAACACUUUCAUAUCCGAAGAAAUGGCACUCCACUUGGACAAUGGUGGAACUCGAAAGCGUACCUCAGCCCAGUGCGGCGACGGCAUUACGGACUCUCCGACCCAUAAACGCAACCGGAUGAUCUAAGCGGCGGACCCUUUCUGUGCCCCCUCCUUGGCCCUCCUCUUCCUCCCCCGACCCCUCCGCCAUGCUGCUUGAAAGCCACCGGACCCUCAGCAGCCUGCUGGGAAAGCAUCACAACCUGAGGCUCUCUCCUCCCAAGUCAUAGAAAAAGAAAGAAAUAGAGAAAGAAAUCAAUACUUGCCAUAAAGGAAAGCUUGCCUACUGACUAGAGUCUUCUCCUGACUUCGACUUCAUCAAAUUAGAUUCUUUAGCAGAGGACGUCCAGCAUUGUGUCGUGGCUGGAGAAGCCCAUCGCAGGCAGAACGGGCACCUGUUCCGAGGCGAAAAGUGACCUUACUUGUUACUCUCAAAGGGAAAAAAGGAAAUAUCAGACAUUUAUUUGGUAAUAGACAUGCUUUUUUGUCCUUUAUUUCUUUGCUGUGUUUAAGUAUUUGCUUCAGCGGUAUGGCCCUUUUGGCAACAGUGUCAAAAACAUGACUUGGCGUGACAGAACCUGUGGGCUUCCUUUUUUAAAAAAAUGAAUAUAUAUAUAUAUAUAUAUAUAUGCAUAUUAUAUAGAUAGAUAUGCAUAUUAUAUGUAAGUUAUAAUAUGCAUAUAUAUGUGUGUGUAUAUGUAUAUAUAUAUUUCCUAAAAAGCUCUACCAGGCACAUGAUUUCUUACAUAGUAAGUGUGUGAUUUAUAUACUAAGUUCUGACCAGUUGCUUCUUCCGCAAUUUGCAGCAGCUGUGUGUAAAAGAUGGCUGUGGAUCAGAUACUAAACUAGGCCAGAAGUUUAGUAUUGGGUUUGUUUUGCGCGCGGUCACUUUGAAGUUGCGGCACCGGUUCCCCCCCCCCCCCCCCCCCAGCAUUUUUAAAUUGCAAGUUACUUUUUGGUUGAUACGUCUUUAUCACCAUUUGAGUCUUCUCUUGCUAGCAAAUGUCUGAACUCCUCACAAACGCCAGAAAGAGAAGGAAAGAUUGAGAAAAGCCUUGGUGACCCAUAGUAGUUCUGUAGCAGUAGAACGUGGGCUUAGGUACGACAGAUAUGUAUUGUAUGUUUCUUUUUAGGACAAGGAAUUCACUUGCGCGGAAUCAGUGGAUAGGAGAAAGGGUGGGUGGAAGCAGAGAAGAACGUUGGGCAUUGUUUCUUCUAUUGUUUUUGAGCUGCUUUCAUAAACAGCCACCCGAGGCUUGUGCAGCGCUGCUUUCUUUUGCGUUUGGGGCCAUUUUGCAGUCCCACGAAAGGAACAGCACACAUGGGGUCGCUUUGGUAGAAGAUGUCCCAAAGGCUUAGCCAGGAGGAGGAAGAAAAGACAUAGUCCCCUUGGCCUUUGCCGGCUGCCUCUGGCCAAGCUGGUUUGGGAAAUCUCCCUUUAUUCUUUCGGAGGCAGACAUCGGCUCAAUAAGAAGGUGUAAAUGUGCAUCCAAGGUAAAUAGGCCUUGACUUUGAACCCUCCACUUUUUGAGGAACAGGGAGAGCACAGAAGAGAUAGGGGCAUUAGGGACACAGAGAGAGACUGGAAGAGGAGCUGUACGAAUGCUGUUUUGAGUUUGCUGCCCUGCAAAUGGAUAGUCAACCUUAAGUGGUCCUUGUCAUUGGACUUGGAACGUAGGGAUAAUCCUCCAUCUUUUGAGGCCAAAAACACACAUUGCGAAAAGCACCUUGUUUCUCCCCUCCAUUGGCUUCACAUAGCUUUUUAAAGUCUUGCUUUUGGGGGAGUGCCAGAACAGCUCUGGGGCGGGUCUAGUUGUUUGUGAGAAACAAGUAACACCUCACAUUCCUGGCACAUUUUCAGAAGGAUAGGGCCAGCCGGUUGUCCACCAGGAGACAUUUGUAGUUCUUGGGUCAUAGACUUUUGAAUCUCUCUGGAUUUGCACUGAAGUUUUCUGUGUGCCGCAGUGGUUUUAAGGCCAUGGGUUGCCCCCAAGAAAGUAACUCCUUCUGUCAAAAGAAUAAGGCAGAAGGGAAUCUGGAAGUCAGAAAGAAAA